CAUAAUUUAAUUUCCCUGACUUAGUGUUGUGUUUGUCCUUCAGGUAUCCCAGUUGAGUCCAGGGUGAACAUCUUCAUUAACAGCUUUGGGUCCAUCCAGGAAACUACUAUGGACUACAGAGUGAACAUAUUUCUUCGUCAGAGAUGGAAUGACCCUCGCCUACGACUUCCUACUGACUUUAAGAGUGAGGCACUGACUAUUGACCCCAACAUGUUCCAGUGUUUGUGGAAACCAGACCUUUUCUUUGCCAAUGAGAAAAAUGCAAACUUCCAUGAUGUCACACAGGACAACAUUCUGCUCUUUAUCUUCCGUAACGGAGAUGUCUUGAUCAGUAUGAGGCUUUCGGUGACACUGUCUUGUCCCUUGGAUCUUACACUCUUCCCAAUGGACACACAGUUGUGUAAGAUGCAGCUGGAGAGCUUUGGCUAUACCACAAGUGAUCUCGUGUUCAUGUGGCAGUCUGACCCAGUUCAGAUGGAUGAGAUUGCCCUUCCUCAGUUCGACAUCAAACAAGAGGACAUAAAAUAUGGAAACUGCACAAAGUACUACCAAGGAACAGGUUAGUAUUUAUUAAUUAUAUAA